UAAGAUGAUAAGUUACAAAGAAUAGGCGGAAAGGUAGUUUUUUCUUAGAAUAUAUUUGCUGAUUGCAAACUCCAACAAACUUUUUGAUUAUGUCUCUGAACCGUCCGGAGAGAACUGAAGCCGCAUCAGGUGAUCAAGAGCUCGCGCAAACAAUGAAGGGCCAAAAUACUACUGACAUAACUAGUGCUACUUCAAACAAGAUACCAACUGUGUCCGAAAUUCCAUCGCAUGUUGUAGAUCAUAUUCUCCAACUUUACAGUCAGCUGGGAAAAGAACCGCCACCUGAUUUGUGGGACACUUUAAAAGCACCCCGUGUUAAACCGAAAAUCGAGAGUAAAAGCGAUUGUUUUCUCUCUUUAAGUCCAAGUAAUCUUAUUGGCGAAACAGUCAAGGUUAAAGACGAGCCACUAGAAUCAAGUAAAAGCGAAACGAUCGACAUUUCAGUGAAAGAAGAAAAUUUAUCUCCUGUCAAAAUAGUUUAUUCGGAGGACAAUUUUUCGGAAGACGAGAGUGGCAGUGGCAAUACCGGUAAUGGAAGUGCCUCAGAAUCAGAUGUUCCGAAGAUGAAAAAUGUCAGCAGUAUGGAUUCAUUGGUGUCAAGUAAGACGAAGAAAAGGGCGACGUCAAAAACAGUGGCAGUUUGUCCUGAGAGAGUGAACUGCAGACUGUGCAAUGAGGAGAUAACACGAGACCAAUUGAAGAAACAUUUCAACCAUUGCCACUCAACACAGAUGGAAUGUAUCGUGUGUGAAAAGACAUUUCAUCGGCUAGCAGAUACUCUGAGACACUUAUGGCUCCACACAGGGUAUAGGCCAUUCGAGUGUCCCAAGUGUGGCCUCAAAUUCCCACUGAAAGGUGCUCUGGCUCAUCAUAAAAGAACCCACUCAGAGGAGCUGCCAUUUGGGUGCAAUGAGUGUGGCAAGCGGUUCAAGAAAAACGGAAGUUUGAAAAUGCACUCACUCACACAUACCAAGGAAAGAGCAUUCGCCUGUAACAUUUGUGGAAAAACUUUCAACCGUGGGUCGUCUCUGAAAGCACACAUUCUUUCUCACACCAAGCAGAUGAAAUACGCGUGUCCUUAUUGUCCGGCCACGAGACUUACCAAGUAUGACGUACAGAGACAUAUGCGCACCCAUACGGGUGAAAAGCCGUUCGAGUGCUCGUUGUGUGGGAAGACUAUGGCCUGGGGCAAUUCCUACAGAAGUCACAUGAAAUCACACAAAGAUGUGGAGGAGGGCCUGAAGUUUGAGUGUGUGACCUGCCAAAAGUUUUUCACGAGCGAGGAGAACUACAACAGACACAAAGCCACUCACGAGAGUAGCUAGAAAAAAGGAUAUGAUUCUGAUGAAUGCCCUCUGAUAAAUUGCACCUUCCAGGAAAGGUCGACUCAGGAGAACUCAUCUUCAUAUCUGAAAAAAUAUCUGACUUAUUGAACUUCCAAGAAAUGUUGUCGACUCAGGAGAACUCAUCUUCAUGCCUGAAAAAUAAACUUUUUUCUUUUGCUUUUGGACUCAAAAUUAAUUUUUCAUUUCUGUAAAAUUUGGUUUUAUUUCAGAUAGUUAUUAUAGUAAUUACACUUGCGAGCGUUAGUGUAUUAGUACGAACCUUAUUUUUUCUAACCUAACUCGCAGAUAAAAGUGUUCAUAAUUUGGUGGCAUAUUUGCUAUAAUCACAAUCUGUAGCUUUGGAAAUUUUAUAGCAUCUGUUCUCUGCUUGUUUGGGACUAGUGUUUGUGAUUAAUUAAGUGUCCGUGGCCACCAGCGGAUUUAGAGGGUGAGCGAACGCCGUCCCCUCCCCUUUCAGUGAUUCGACUUCCUGACGACGCAAAGGG